AUGAUCGAGGGUGCUGCCGCAAACCCCGCUAGUCUGGGUGGUGCCUUCCGUGCCAAAGAGCUGGACUGCGCCCACGGCAGCGCAGCCACUGGCUGCGCAGCCUGCCAAUGGAGGACCGGCCUCGUAGGUGUCGCGCGCUCCCAGUGCAAGACGGCAGCUCACAAGCAGACAGCCCUUCUGCAUCGUCGCAAUCGGUGCCGCCUGGACAUCCCUCGUUCAGGAGACAGCGGGCCAGCAGAGCAUGCGAAACCGGCGCAGGUUCGCUGCGAUGCUGCCUCGCUCGGCAUCCCGUGCACCAACUGCACCGCCUUCUCCAUUGAGUGUCGCAUCCCCGCGCCGAAGCGCAAGAAGACGACGACAGCACGCGCCCGAGAUGCUGACAGAGCUGACCGUCGCAGCGACCGUGGAGACAGCGACGCCCGCUCGCCAGCAAGUCCGUCUGCUGAGCCACGCGACAAGACGGCGGCCUACAAUUCCGAGGAUGGCACGCCGGCCACGACCGUGUCCAGCGCGUACGCUGCGCAACAGGCCCGCGACAAUGGAACCUAUGUGCAGUUCAUGAAGCCAAAGUUUGCCCGGGCUCCCAUCAAAGAAGCCGGCCGUGUCGCGUACCUGGGCGAGUCGUCCAACCUGUCGCUACUCGUGCACGACCGCUAUGGGACGACCGAUGUGGUGCACUACCCACUGCCUGAGAGCAUACGGGGGACCAAGGCGCGGUCCAACGAGAUGGACAACAUGGAGAUUGAGAUUCUCCACCAGCGCGGCGCUUUUCUGCUUCCUCCGCGCGCGCUUUGCGAUGAGCUGGUCGAAGCCUUCUUCAAGUGGGUAGCUCCCGUUGUGCCUGUCAUCAAUCGCGGCCGCUUCAUGCGCCAGUACCGAGACCCCAAGAACCCACCUUCUUUACUGCUCCUCCAGGCAGUGCUGCUGGCUGGUUCACGAGUCUGCAACAAUGCGCAGCUCAUGGACUCAAGCGGGUCUACCACCCCCGCCGCAAUGACCUUCUACAAGCGUGCAAAGGCCCUGUUCGAUGCCAACUUCGAGGACGACCGCGUGACCAUCGUACAAGCACUCAUCUUGAUGGGCUGGUACUGGGAAGGGCCAGAGGACGUCACCAAGAACGUCUUCUACUGGACCAGAGUUGCCAUUGUCGUGGCACAAGGCUCUGGCAUGCACAGAAGCGUAGAGGGGUCCCAGCUCAGCCGGUCAGACAAACGUCUCUGGAAGCGCAUCUGGUGGACCCUAUAUAGCCGCGACCGAUCAGUGGCCGUUGCGCUUGGCAGGCCAGUUGCCAUUGACCCCGAGGACUCUGACGUUGAGAUGGUCUCGGAAGAUGACUUCAUCGACGACGAGACUGACCAUGCCGGUGAAUUUCCUCCAGAUCCAGUACAUGUCCAGUUCUUCAUCAACUACGUCAAGCUGAGCGAGAUCAUGGGUCUGGUGCUGUCACAGCAAUACUCAGUAGCCUCGAAACACCGCCGCGCCAACGCCAUAGACCUCACACAUAGCGACAUGGCGCUUGCAGACUGGCUGCAGCACUGCCCACCCGAAGUCCAAUGGGACCGACAACACCACCACUUCUGGGCGGCUCUAUUGCAUUCGAAUUACUAUACCACGCUGUGCUUGCUUCAUCGCGCACAUAUGCCGCCUGCAGGAUCUCCAAAGGCUACUAACUUGGACGGUUUUGGUGAAGGAGAGCAUGCUUACCCCUCUAGGAACAUUGCCUAUCAAGCCGCGGCCAUGAUAACGUCCAUCAUUGAGAAUCUCCGGGCACAUGAUCAGAUCCGGUUCACGCCGGCUUUCAUUGUGUACAGCCUGUUCUCCGCUUUGAUCAUGCAUGUCUACCAGAUGAAGUCCUCCAACAAGUCUAUAGUCUCAGCAACGGAGCAGCGGAUCACAAUCUGUCUGGAUGCGCUCAAGGAGGUGUCCAAGGUAUGGCUGGUCGCGAAGAUGGUGCACACUCUGUUUGAGUCUAUCCUCGGAAACAAACACCUAGAGGAGCGGUUACAGAGAGCCGCAGGCCGGAACCACCAGAAGAAGAGCAAGGUUCCUUCCGUGCCGCCGCCUCCACCGAAGCCUGCCGCUGAAGCGCCCAAGCGAAAGUUCGAUGACAUGGACCUUGGCUUCCCUGCUGUCAAUGGGCCUCCAGCGCCCCAGGUCUCUUAUGAGCGUUCGCGGCCGCAGACUCCUGCAGUCACGCCAUCACGCGAGAUGCAGCCUCAACAACCACCCAUGCCACAAAUGACAGCAGGCUCGCCGCAGAUGAAUCGACAGAACCACGACGCUUUCAUGGGUCCCUCACGCUCGGGGACACGUCCAACAACACCUUUCAACCCGUCUUACUCGUACCCCGGCACACCACCUGAUCUGUUCUUGAUCACUCGCGACACGCCCAACAUUAGCCAAGAGGUCUGGCAGAACUUUCAACCAGAUCAGCUCUUCCCAGCCGAUACCCAAGUCGCAUUCCCUGUUCCCAACCACAGUCUUGUUGAUCCUGCUCUGAGCCAGCCUCCGAAUAUCCCCAUGCAGCAACAGAGCGAUGGAAGCGUACCACCACCGCAACACCAGAUGCCAGCUGGCCAGAUGCAAACGCCAAUGGGAGCAGGAGGCUUUGAUCACAACAACCAGCAGGCGUGGGCGCAACAGAUGGAGAUGAUGUCGCAGAAUCAACAGCAGCAAGGUGCACAGGACGACACAUGGAGUCAGAGCUCCGGCGGGCGGCAUGCACCCAUUGUGCCCAUGAGUCUGAAUGUCGAUGAUUGGUUCAACUUCUUCGGUAUCAACGGGGAAACAGACAUGUCCCAUAUAUUCCAGCAGGGACCUCAGUAG